AUGACCUCGUCACCAGCCCCCAGUGACUAUUCCGACGAGGAACUACGCCCGUCGAGAAAAGAGAGUCGAGGACGUGAACUGAACGUCUACGAUGCCGUUGCCGGUGCUUCACGCCGAAACGACUCCUCAAGUAAACGACCAAAUCGGUCCUCUGGGCUGCACUCUUCCCGCGACCCCAGGUACGCGCCUGAGGAAGUCCUCUUCCGCCGCAAGGGCGCACCUGUUCGCUAUGAAGAGAAUGACAUCUACUGGGCCAGCGAGCAUCUACCCGACGGCGGACAUCAUCUUCUCCCUGACAGCGACCUCUUAAAGUCCAUCCAUGGGUACACCAGCAACUACUACGACGCAAUGGCCCUUCGCCUCGGUCCGCGUUGUGUCAUUGGCUCUCGAACCAUUGAUGAGAGGAGCAUGGAUGAAACCGCUCUACUUGCCUUUGGCAUCCUACUUGAAGAAGCAAGUCGCGAGGCUAUGGGGAAGAGAGGGGACCUCGUUCUGACUGAGCCAUUCACGGAGUCCAAGUUGCCACUUGCUGAUGAACGGACUCUCGACACCCCUGCUGUUGUCGAUCAACAACCAGUCGCGGAUGGUGACCAAGGAGCGACUCCGGAAAAAAAGCGGCGAAAGAAGAAAAGGAAGAUCCGACGUGACGACGAUGUUACAGCAGCCGAAAUAUGA